CUUCACAUAAUCAAGCUCAGUUCCACUACGAUCAGUUGUUUUUGUUUUUUUAAACUUAGUUUGGUAUUUGUUUUCAGUAAAAAAAAAUGGCGGUCGAUGAUUCCUUCAAAAAACCUGGAGCUGUUCCUUUUAAGUGGGAGAUCCGACCCGGUGUUCCGAAGCUCCAACAACGUGAACUAUCGUCACACAAAGAGAAACAACAGAAACAGAGGCAGCCACCGCCGCCGUUGCCACCACCAGCGUCGCCUUUUAUAAACCAACGUUCGUUCCCAACUCCUCCACCCGGGAUACAGCCUAAAGUACAAAAGCUUAAACCCCCACCAGCUGGAUCCUACUACAUCUUAUCUCCUGAGCCCCGGAGUCACUCUUUUAGGUCUACCCCACGUACCCGAUCCGGGAGUUUCCGGUUCGACCAGCCUGCCCGACUCCGGCCCGAAUGUGUUCAAACGGGGUGCUUCCCGUCGCCCUUGCUUAGGCGAAAAGGGAGCAAGAGGAGGACACAAAAACUCGAACCUGAACCUGAUUAUGUUUCGGACCUUGAGACACGGUCGCGAUGGUCGGUGUCGAGCCGAAGGUCGGUUUCACCAUUCUACAGCUCGCCGGCUUCAUCCUUUUCAUCAUUCAGGUCAUCGCCCCGACCUGUGGCUGAUGUUGAAUGGGCCGGGUUUGGAUUUUUUUGAGAGAAAAAGAAUUAGCUUGUAUAGUUGUUUAGUGAGAAAGUAAUCAAAUCAUGCCUAUUAUAUAAAGGUAUGUGAAAUGGGGUAAUUUGUUACUUCCAUUUAUCCCUAUCACAGGCACAAUUGAUAUUGCGCCCAGUAAAAUUGGAAUGUAAUCCCAAGGUUUUGCCGAAAAUUCAACAGUCCAACUCUUUUUUUAUA